ACCCACAAAUGUCUGUGUUGAAGACAUCACAGUUCCUCUUUCAACCGUGGAAGCGAAGGCAAAAAUACCUACUCAAUAUCUUUGCAUCAUCUCUUUCGCUUCACUCUCACUGAUCAAAUCUUUCUCUAUAAAGAGAAGUAAAACACCAGCAGAUUCAGACCAACCACUCCACACAAACAGACACCUUUUCUUUAACUCCUUACAUUCUACUUUACCUUCUGCUUCGAUCAAGCAUAAUCUUUGCAGGUAGAUUGAAUGUUGUGAACAAUGGGUUCAUUCAAGCCCUUAUGCAAUGUUUCUCUGCUCCAAUUGUUCAUAGUGCUUUGCCUUGUCUUCCCAUGCUUUGCUACUGACCUGAGAACAACUCUAGUAGUAGAUGCUUCUGAUGCAACUGGAAGGCCAAUACCAGACACACUUUUUGGUAUAUUCUUUGAGGAGAUCAAUCAUGCUGGAGCUGGGGGAUUAUGGGCUGAGCUUGUCAGCAACAGAGGAUUUGAAGCUGGGGGCCCUAACAUUCCUUCUAAUAUUGAUCCUUGGACAAUCAUUGGAAAUGAAUCAUCAAUAAUCGUUGAAACUGAUCGUACCUCUUGCUUUGACCGUAACAAGGUUGCACUUCGAUUGGAGGUGUUAUGUGACAGUGAAGGUGACAACAUCUGCCCAGAUGAAGGUGUUGGUAUUUAUAACCCUGGUUUCUGGGGCAUGAAUAUUGAACAAGGGAAGAAAUACAAAGUGAUCUUCUAUGUUCGUUCAACUGAAUCACUUAAUCUAACAGUUUCCUUAAAAGGAUCAAAUGGUAUAGGGAACCUGGCUUCAUCUGCAAUCACGGAUACUGCUGAUGAUUUUUCAAACUGGACAAAGGUGGAGACUUUAUUGGUUGCCGAAGCAACAGAUCAUAACUCAAGACUUCAAUUAACGACAACCACCAAAGGUGUGAUAUGGUUGGACCAAGUGUCUGCUAUGCCAGUGGAUACAUAUAAGGGACAUGGUUUCCGAACUGAACUUUUUGAAAUGCUGUCAGCUUUGAAACCCAAAUUUAUCAGAUUUCCAGGUGGCUGUUUCGUUGAAGGAGAAUGGUUAAGAAAUGCAUUUCGGUGGAAGGCAACUGUUGGACCAUGGGAGGAGAGACCUGGGCACUUUGGUGAUGUUUGGAUGUAUUGGACUGAUGAUGGACUUGGCUAUUUCGAGUUUCUUCAACUUGCGGAGGACUUGGGUGCUUUACCAAUAUGGGUAUUUAACAAUGGUGUCAGCCACAAUGAUGAAGUUGAUACAUCUGCGGUUUUACCUCUUGUGCAAGAAGCCCUUGAUGGAAUUGAGUUCGCAAGAGGUGAUCCCACUUCAAAAUGGGGUUCUCUUAGAGCUUCUAUGGGACACCCUGAGCCAUUUGAUCUAAGAUAUGUUGCUGUUGGGAAUGAAGAUUGUGGAAAACCGAAAUAUCGUGGAAACUACCUGAAAUUCUAUCAUGCAAUAAGAACUGCUUAUCCUGAUAUCCAAAUUAUCUCAAACUGUGAUGGUUCUUCUCGGGCUUUAGAUCAUCCAGCUGAUAUGUAUGAUUAUCAUGUUUAUACAAAUGCGAAUGACAUGUUUUCUAGAGCUAACACAUUUGACCGCACAUCACGAAAUGGUCCAAAGGCUUUUGUAAGUGAAUAUGCUGUGACUGGAAAAGAUGCUGGAACGGGAAGCCUUUUGGCAGCCCUAGCUGAAGCCGGGUUCCUUAUUGGACUCGAAAAGAACAGUGAUGUUAUCGAAAUGGUCAGCUACGCUCCACUUUUUGUUAAUGCCAAUGACAGGAGGUGGAACCCAGAUGCAAUUGUGUUCAACUCUUAUCAGGCUUAUGGAACUCCUAGCUAUUGGGUGCAAUUAUUUUUCUCAGAGUCAAGUGGAGCAACACUUCUAAGUUCAUCACUUCAAUCGAAUUCUUCCUCCAAUUCAGUCCUUGCAUCAGCAAUAACAUUUCAAAGUUCUGUAGAUAACAAAAAUUAUAUACGAAUAAAGGUAACACGUUUUUUUGCAUAACGCUGUAUUUUUAAA